UCUCCUCACCGCAAAGCAAAGCAAAGCAAACCCUCCCCACGACGAGCUGAGAAGAGAAGCAGAUCUGCGAUCCGAUCCGGCCGGCGAUCCCUUCUCCUCGCGGCGGUGCGGACGGGAUCCAUCCAUCUGUCUGUGGAGCUCCGCGAGCAGCCAUGGAUUCGUCGACGGCGUCGUCCUCUCAUCCGCAGCUGCAGCCGGACUUCGACUACCUGUUCAAGCUCCUCCUCAUCGGCGACUCCGGCGUCGGCAAGAGCAGUCUCCUCCUCCGAUUCACAGCAGACUCCUUCGAGGACCUAUCACCAACCAUCGGCGUCGACUUCAAGGUCAAGAUGGUUAACAUUGCCGGCAAGAAGCUCAAGCUCGCCGUCUGGGACACUGCUGGACAGGAAAGGUUUAGGACCUUGACCAGCUCUUACUACAGAGGGGCACAAGGGAUCAUUAUGGUGUACGAUGUUACUCGCCGAGACACGUUCACAAAUCUGUCUGACAUAUGGGCCAAGGAAAUUGACCUGUAUUCGACCAACCAGGACUGCAUAAAGAUGCUUGUAGGAAACAAAGUGGACAAGGAAAGCGAGAGGGCUGUCACGAAGAAGGAAGGCAUUGAUUUUGCGAGGGAGUACGGGUGUUUAUUUCUGGAAUGCAGUGCAAAGACCAAAGUGAAUGUGGAGCAGUGCUUUGAGGAGCUCGUGCUGAAGAUAUUAGACACGCCGAGCCUGCUGGCGGAUGCGUCCUCUGGGGCGAAGAAGAACAUCUUCAAGCAGAAGGCGCCGGAGGCUGAUGCUGCGGCGAGCGGCUGCUGUUGAUCUAAUCCUGGGCGUCUAUGUAUCUAUCUAUCUAUCUACGAUCUAUCUUUGUUGGUUGACGAUGGAUGAAAACGGUUGUUGUUGGACAAAGUGAUGAUGAUACCUAGGCGGCAGCAGCCUGUUUGUUUCUGUUGUUGUUUUAUUUUGCGUUUUGUGUUGAUGUAUAUGAAUCAGUUGGUGAGUCAGUCAGUGAGUGGACCUCCUCCUUGUUGAACCAGAAUCACAAAACAGAAGACGGCGGUAGCUUCCUUGGUAGCUUUCAGCUCUCUAUAUAAUGUACGUACGUACGUAUUAUUAAUCAAGCUCUAUAAACUUACUAGUACGUUUUAGGAAUGAAUGAAUGCUUGUGAACCUGUA